AAAUCUAGCUGUAAUGUGAACAACAAAAAUUUGAUUUUCAGGUGCAGCAAGCAUCCAAUUAUAACUCAAGGAUCCACUGUUACAAAGAUAACUUUUGAGGGGCAUCAACCUCCUGUUUCAAAGUUAGCAGGUGGCAGUUGUGUGCCCAAACUGGCAUUGCCAGUUACGUUUCCCAUGCAGGCAUCCAUGAAGAGAGCAGUAGCAGACAUUUUGAGAAUGUCUAUGGUGGUGGAAGCUCAGAUUGAUACAAAUGUAGAAACUGUGAUAGUGGAUCCGCAAAAUAAGGCCAUGUCCAGUAGUAAACCUGCUAGCGAAGCAGAGUCGUCACCUUGUACCCAGGUGCCGAGGGUGGCUGCAGUAGGGAUGACGGCAACUUCCAUCCCCCAGCAACAGACAUGUAAAGAAUCCAGUUCAAGUCCUCCUGCUGUUGGUCCUACUAUAACAGAGAGGAAACUCGAUGCACAAGGAAUGCCUACAACAAACCAGUUUAUACACAUUCAGAAUGUAUCACAAAAGAAAGCUGAAGAGAGUUCAUCAGAAAUUGUUAUCCAGACUAUCCCUCGAUAUUCCAUCCCUUGUCACUCCAGCUCCAACGUGGUAGUGGAACCCAGCGGGCUCCUGGAGCUCAACAACUUCACCAGUCAGCGUCUCGAUGAUGAGGAGACUGCAGUGGAGCAAGACGUGGACAGUAGCGCCGAGGAUGGCACUGAGCCCAGCCCCUCUCAGAGUUCUGCUGAACAAUCCUAAGGAAUGGGGACGCUGGAGUGCACUUUAACCUGUCUGGGGAUUUGAGUAUCCCAGAUGCCCUUGUUUUGUGAUGUCUUAGAGCACUUUGCCUAUUAGAGUUGUUCAUUGGACCCUUGAAGCAUCAGUGUGUUUUAACAAGACAGUAUUGCAAAAGCUGCAUCUUAGAAAUUGUUUCCAAAAGAAAAAGAGGUAUAGUUACUGAGAUAUAGUAAUCCCGUGACAGUGGAAUGUACUCCUGAUAACAAGCAAAUCUGCAGCGAAUUCUACAGCCCGUGCUAUUGAAGCCCUUGCCCAGAUACUGAAAGAGCUUUCAUUGAAAAGGGAUCUUUAAUUUGCUGCGUCUUUUUGUUAGCUGCUGAGCAAAACACCAUCAAAGAAGAGAAUGUGUAAUAAAUAUUUGUAUUUUUAAAUAGCAUGUGAGAGAAACUGCCUCUGACAGUGCUGGAAAAGCCCCAGGAGUUUUGGAAUUGGUUAGCUUUCUUGCACUUGUGCUCACUUAGAGUUAAGAUUUUUUCAUAAGCCGAAAAAUAUAGUUUAUUUUUUUAAAAUUCUUGUUGAAUGUUUGGAAAUAAGCAAAAUCACUAACUGGUAGCAGUGUGGAUUUGCUCGUGGAUUUUUGUUUUCAUGCUUUACAGGAAUUAGGGUAACGGUGUACGAGCUGUUUCUUCGUGCCAUAAGCACAUGAAAUGCUCAUCGGCUCUAGUUGAUCUCUGAUUAUUUAUUUAAAACUUAAAGUGAGUCCAAGUUGUUUAAAAAGUUCCUGUUAAACAGGCAGGUGUGUAAAUUCUAGUACAAAAGGGUUGUGGGGGAUGUAUUUUGCUAUAUAUCCAUUUUUCAAAACCGGGGGAUAAGUGGUUCCACGUCUUUAAAAGCUGAACCUCGGAGCUUAGAAGUGAGCGAAGGCUUUUAAAAAAUCUGUAUUUUACUCUGACAUGCUGUUUUUAAAGCGACCACUUGGGGAGUUUCGAUGCUGAGAUCAGUAAACAGUGGUGGGUCUCUGAAAUCAGCCUUAUGACUUGGCUUGUUGAAGCAAUACAUUGGGUUUCUGUGAUAGUUACAAGCCACAGAGAGGGGGGUGUGGGUUCGGAUGGGAUAUGAGAACCAGUUUUAAUACGUUCUGCUAAUGAAGACAAUACUUUUUUGUUUUGAAAUGUAUAUAAAAAACACGUUUUUAACUGUUUUGUAUAGAUUUCAUUAUAAAUAACUAAGCAUUUUAAGACUUUGACAUAUCAUUCAAUUGUAUAUACAUCUAUCAGCCUAACUGCCCACUUUUUGGUGCUGGAGUACUACUGUAAGUAGAUUUCAUCCAAAGUCUAAUACAGUUUUUUGCGUCAGUCUUUUUUUUAAGCUGUGAUUUUACUGUUGAUAUUGUAGUUACGAUUAAAUUCAAACUAGAGUGACUCAAACAGAAAAUACAAAACCUAAAACGUU